UGAAAUAUCCUAUGUACCAGGUAUCCUAUGUAUACAUUGUAUACAUAUACAUGAUAUAGGUACCUAUGUAUCCAUUGAACAGAUUGCAGGCGAGACAUUAAAUGCAUUUUGGGGGAUCACACACACAAAACACCUUUGGUUAAAAAACACAAAACUGUUAGGUGGGAAUAAUGAAAGGACUUGGAGGUGUUCAAUCUAGAACAUUGAGUUGAGGGGAAGAAUCACCUGUCCUGGAAGUGAUUCCAGGAGACUGUCUUGGGGGCCCUCAAGAAGUCUGGGCUGGGACUGGCCCUUAAAGACAGGACACGCCGUGCAGGACGUGCUGAGUGCAGGACAGGUAUGUUAGCACAGGCCUGAGGCACAGUUGGUGGGAGGCUCCUGGGGUGUCAGCUUCUUCACCUGGAUGCCUGCUCUGCUCUCCUGUCUCUUGCAGGGAUCUACAAACGCUAAGGAACUGUCUUCAAAGGGAGUGAAAAUCUGGGAUGCCAAUGGGUCUCGAGACUUCUUGGACAGCCUGGGAUUCUCCAACAGAGAAGAGGGGGAUUUAGGCCCAGUUUAUGGCUUUCAGUGGAGGCAUUUUGGGGCAGAAUACAAAGAUAAGGAUUCAGAUUAUUCAGGUCAAGGAGUAGACCAACUGCAAAAGGUGAUUGACACAAUCAAAACCAACCCCGAUGACAGAAGAAUCAUCCUGUGUGGCUGGAAUCCAAAAGAUCUUCCUCUGAUGGCCCUCCCUCCGUGCCAUGCCCUCUGCCAGUUCUACGUGGUGAACGGCGAGCUGUCCUGUCAGCUGUACCAGAGGUCGGGGGACAUGGGCCUGGGUGUGCCCUUCAACAUUGCCAGCUACGCCCUGCUCACCUACAUGAUCGCACACAUCACAGGCCUGAAGCCAGGUGACUUCGUACAUACUUUGGGAGAUGCACAUAUUUACCUGAAUCACAUUGAGCCGCUGAAAAUGCAGCUUCAGCGAGAACCAAGGCCUUUCCCAAAGCUCAAAAUCCUUCGAAAAGUUGAGACAAUCGAUGACUUCAAGGCUGAAGACUUUCAGAUUGAGGGGUACAGUCCUCACCCGACUAUUAAAAUGGAAAUGGCUCUUUAAAGUGCUUUUAAAGGAGGUAUUUGAAGGAUAUUCCGCCAGUAGGGGUUGGACUGAGUGCCCAGGUGAAAGCUCAUUUGCCCUAGAGGAAGAGGGAACUAGGUCAAAAAUUCUUGGCCACCAACAGUUUUUAUUAACUUGUAAAGAUGUUGCCACUGGCAAACAUAACCUUGCCUGUUCUCUUAGUAACAAAAGGCCUUUAGUUUGGUAACUCACUGAGGACGUGUGAAAAUGCCGAGAUUGGGAAUAAAGUCAGGAGAAUAAAAACUGGGAUACUCUUAAAACGUCUACAUGCAUUUCAACCCCACAUUUUUAUGAAGGUCCGUGAAUUUCAAGAAUUACACGUCAGCUCUUCCCCAAAUGCUGAAUAACACCAGCAUUCAUAAUAAUGUACAGUUGUGGUUAUGAACAUUUAAAGUUAUUUGCUUUAUAUAUUGCUAUAAUAAAGGUGUGUUCUGCA